GUUUUAGUCGAUUCUCAACGUACGACGUUGAAUGUCAAAGCAAAGAUGGCGUUGAUUCGUGUUGUGUCAGGUGUUUAAAGUUUCCUUUAAAUUUCAUCGAAGUCUGACAUUCCACGCGGGUGCGAUACUUCGAUUUAUUAUUUACGCCAUUCUUAGCCCCGUCAAAGAUCGUUAACUAAAAAAAAACGUCAAGACGUCUGUCAAGAAUCACGUGUAAUAUCGGCCGCUAGUGGCAUUUUACACUUAACCUUAGCGUUCAUCCGAUACUGUACGGUCGUCUUCGAAUCUGACCAAAAAUUCUGGUCAAUUCACGUCAAUGUUGUAUCUCCUGUCAAAGAAAAGAUCACAAAUCUGCAUUGAUUAAUUAGGAGAUGAUAUGAACGGUGAUCGUUAAUGUUCUACAAUAAAAGAAAAGUUUGAAAAGUUUUCGUAAACGUCGAAAUUUGCGAUCGCACUUUCGAACAUUGUUUACAAGAUAGUAUAUCAUUCCUAAGUUGUCGAAUAUAUUUAUUUGAAUGCUGGUAAAACUUACACCUGGGUGAAAUGCCUAAAAUAAAAACCAGGCAAGCGAAUAGCCUCUGGUUAAGGCAACGCGAAUUGGGCAUCAAAUUUCCCCUGGGACACGCUGAUCGUUUUCAUAAAACCCUUUAUUCUUCUAUACAACCUGUAACUUCUUGGGAUCAUGCAUUGUCCGAUGCUGCUCAUGGUGGAGUUUUCAAUCUUGAGUAUUCGCCAGAUGGUUCUCUUCUGUUGGCAGCAUGUGAGAAGAAAAGUAUUUUAAUGUUUGAUCCUUUGAGGAGGAGAUUAAUUCAUGCGAUUGACAAUGCUCAUGAUGAUUGCGUCAAUUGUGUUAGGUUUUUAGAUCAACGUAUGUUUGCAACGUGUUCAGAUGACAGUACGGUAGCUCUUUGGGAUGCAAGGAAUCUGAAACAAAGGAUAAGAACAUUGCAGGGUCAUUCAAACUGGGUUAAGAAUAUAGAGUAUAGUCCCAAAGAUAGUUUACUACUAACCAGUGGAUUUGACGGUAGCAUAUAUACCUGGGAUAUUAAUAGUUUUACGGAAAAUAGUAUUCUACACACCCGCGUAUUUCAUACAAAUGGACUAAUGCGCACUAGACUUAGUCCGGAUGCCAGCAAAAUGUUAAUAAGUACCACUUCUGGAUACCUCAUCAUCAUACACAAUCUUAAGUUAAGCACAUUAACUCAAGACUUGGCAGGAUUUAGACCAAAUAUGUACCGAUUAAUGCAGUCGUCUCAAACAACAAUACCGAACGUGGCAAAUUUCACGCAUCUCUUUUCCCAUUCUCGUACGCAUAACAGAGUAGAAUUUUUAACCGAUUUCCCUGCCGGCGACGACGCAGAGAUAAUAUCUAGUUUGCAAGUACAUCCUCAAGGAUGGUGUGCUCUGUCCAGGAACGUCAGUAGUGCAGAAAAAUCUGAGUGGACUUGUAUUCACGACAUACAAGAGCGUGACGUAUCCGGCACAACGGAGCAGGGUAAAGAAGGAGAAGAAGCCACCCCUCAGUUUAACGAAGUAGCUGUAGACGAAUUCGAAGAUUUUCCACAACCACAAUCCUCGCGUUCAGGUAUAACAUCGUCGUUCUUAAUCGAAAGUCCGAACAAUCGUGUCAGGGUAGUUCACACUACGUCCGAUGCGAGAUCGAAUUCGAUCGGAUCCUCGGACAACGCGCAACCAGUUAGAUCGUCGAGGAACAAUUGGCAACCGACGUCUCGCAGAACAUCACGAUUGCAGUCGAGAAACUCGCGUUUGGACAGAAACGCAUCGAGGACGAAUUUUAAUACAGUCGAAGCUGGUUCUGGUUCAGGUUUAAGCUCGGAUUCACGAGUACCUGUGGAUCGAGACGAUAGACAGGAGAAUAGAUACAUGUAUGGGGCCGAGAAUAAUGAGAGCAUACAGGAGGAUGCCUCCAACGAUCAAGAGAGAGAUUCAGGUCUGAAUUACUGGUUACCAAGACCGAACAUACACCUGAACUACCUGAGACCACGCAAUAUGAUAGAUGACUUUUCUACCGGCAAUAUAGAGUUGCAUGUAAGUACGACCGAUGUGUGGGAAGCACACGUGGCGGUCAGAGAAGCUAGACUUCGAAGGGAAAGACAUCGAGUUGCCAGAUCGAACAACAAUGCUGUGGUUAUAAUUGGCGAUCGGAUCAGAGUCCAGAAUCGAAACAGGCAAGGUCAACAGACGAUGUACGCUAUUCCGAGAAAUCGUAUGAUCCAUCAGAAUACACCUAGGUUAACGCAUUACAUCGAGGAGCCUAACGUUGGCUCUGGAUACAUCAAAGAGCUAUGUUUCUCUGCCGAUGGCCGAUUAAUAUGUUCGCCGUUCGGCUAUGGCGUACGAUUGUUAGCGUUCUCUAGCGACUGUUCGGAACUGUCCAAUUGUGUACCACCGUUUAACGAGUCUGUACAGUUGCACGAGCUAGCGACGAACGUUAGUCAUUCUGGCAUCGUGGUCAGUACAAAAUUUUCACCUAGGCAUUGUUUGCUCGUGUCGGGUUGCCUCGGUGGAAAGAUCGUUUGGCAUCAGCCGGUGGUUUAGUGAAAUCUAUUAGCAAAUUUAUUUGUUCAUUUUCUAAGGAUAGUCUUGAAAAGACAUAUACGACUUGCCGUUAUCUCUUCCGUUGUCCUUUGUUUUUGCUUCUUUAUUUUCUCUUUUAAUCAAACUAGACAGUCUUACAGUGUCUAAACGAAGUUUUCUAAAUAAUAUUCUUUUUGAUGAAACUUAUAUUUUUUAACGUAUCUUAUGUUCGAGGUAUGAUUUAACGAGAAUCGUUGAUUCUUUCUUUUUUUUUUUAUGUUAAACAUUUUUUAUCGAAGCACGAAAGAUAUUUUAUACAGAAUUACCUUUCAGUAGCAGUUUGAAGGAAGAAACAAUCAUGACGCUAUUUUAAGUAUCAUUUUGGACAAAGAAUUAUCUAAUAAGUUGUACGUUCGAGCAGCUACAGACAAUAGAUCUUUACAAAUAGCAAAUCGUUGCAGUAAUAAUUUUUACGGCCAGAGUACUUUUAUUUCCCUUUGUAUUGUCGUGGAACACGUGUAGGAACAAGGUGUUUGUUUGAAUCAUACAUCUCAGAAACAUUCCGCUUACUUUCAACUGUAAAUACUCUUGUAAUACUGCGAUUUGCGUUUGUAAAAGCGAAACAAAUUGAGAUCGGAAACAAUUGUGCGCGUGUAUAGUUUUCUAUUCUUCGUUAAAACUCGAUUGAUGCAAAUGUUACAUUUUUUUUUUUUAGUAUCUUGUACAUUUUAUCUGGCAACGAUCGAAAGAGCGGUUCAAGUUUUCUCUUAAACUCUUGUAAAAAUUGAAAGCGGUGCAAUAACAUGUUAACAGAAACUCUGUGUUUCUCUGUAUUGUUUGCAAGAGUUGUCUAAUAAGUUGUAAAAAUAAAGAAGGAAGUGUAUUAAACAAUGCGGAGUGAAAUAAUCGUUCAAGAAAGAUCAACCUCGCUGAAGAACGUGUCUUUUGGCGUUGUCGUUAGUAUUCAAUUAAUUAGCCACGUAUCGCGUAAUUAGUUGCUAAGUACUCGAAACUUUGACUGAUUAUCUACCAAAUUUGUAUCGUUGGCUCAUCGAACGGGGCCUUCCAGUGAUUGUUAUCGAACUGCCGACACGUUUCGUGCCACCUCUCAAUUGUAUCGUAAUGCUUAACGUUAAGUUCAUUGCCAUUGUUGAUUAACUUUAUAAAUGAAAAAACAUUAUAAGCUAAUUAGGAGGCACGAAACGCGUCGAUAGCAACUAGAAUAAUAUUUAAAUGCACGAAGUUCCAAACGUCUAAUCGCUAAUAUAAGGAAUAUUUGAUGAAUUAUUCUCGACAGGCUCGUUUAUACAGGUUGUUUGAAAAAAAAAGAUGUAUCGCCUAGUCGAAAAUUGCAAAGAAAACAUACUAGUACGGUUACCAAUCGAGAUACCAAGCUGAUAUCGAGCCCGAACAGGAGAUGUAAUUUUCUGAAAGCAUCAGAAUCGAUAACAUGUGAAUUAUUUACCAAAUUUUAGCGACUGAUUUGCGACUAUCUUAAGCGAACGUAAGAUUUAGGGACGUUCUUCGACAAGGAGAGCUGUUUGAUCAUGAAACUCGAGUGUUUCGUGGCGUACCUUAGACUCGUCAAAUGGAAUUUGUAUCGUUAAGCAGAGGAGAGAUCGUGUAACAUAUGUAAAUACAUCGUCGACUUAGAGUAUGUAAUAACGGUGUAUGUAAUAACGCGUGUAUUACUUUUUAAGACGAAAUCGAGCCAAAUCGUGGCCAAAAGAGAAGCGGCCAAUGUUUUGUGUGGAGUUUGUUAAUUUUUUUUCGAGAGAGACAAGCUUGAUUCCACGCUUUGGAGUCUCGAUAGUUUGAUAAAAUGUUUCUUUUUCGAUUCAACUGUAGUAUUUCUACCCGGGAUAUUUUUUAACGAGAUCGAUCGGCGAUCAAUCUCGAUCCGUCGACGAAAUUGAAUGCAAUCGACCGACGGACACUUGCUUCGAAACGUUUAACAAGAAUUUUUAACGACACAUGAUCUGCUAGUGCAGCUGAAGAUUCGUCAGCGAUUUCCUUUUCCAUCUUUACCCGGGAAAUGCGUGAACGUUCAGGGACAACCAGUGUAUCCUUGCUUACCGCGUUCCAAUCGACAAUUGUGUUCAAACUAAUUAGCUGAACCGGCUGAUCGUCGCUCGUAACGUUCUUCUAUUACAAUUAUACGGUCCUGUACAGUAGUUAGUGUGCUGAUUGUUUUGUAAGAUUUGUUUGUUUUUUCCUUUUUUUUUCUAUACAAUAAAAUAUUGCUUAACGUCUGA